CACUUAAAUGGCCGCAGGUUACUUGUUUUUCAGGCAUCCCACACUUAAUUCCCAUGAGUGAACCUAUUCCCCUGCAUAAUAGUUUUAUAAUGAGGGCUCAUUCCCCAGACAGAUAACAUUUACAGUUGUUUCCAUGCUCCUCUGGGUCAAUACCACUUCCCCAAAGAUAACGCACAAUGCACAGAUGUUCGCUCCACAUAUGAAUUUGCAUGUUUGUCUGAGAAUCAUUUUCAUGAGCGCAAACAUGAUUCCCAAGAAGAAGUCACCUGAUACAGCAUAUCUAUGUUGACACUAUAUAGAGCAGCAGAUUGGUGUUUUGCUUCAGUGACGGUUCACAGGAUGAAUCUCUCUCACUCUGACGUCUGCUGCGCCUUUGAGGCUCCCAUCCUGGACAAGGUUUUGCCUCCGAUUCUGAUCUUGGAGUUCAUGUUUGGACUGAUGGGGAACUUUGUCACCCUGUGGAUGUUCGUCUUUCACAUGGACACAUGGAAGCCCAACUCUGUGUACCUGACUCACCUGGCUGUUGCCGACUCCAUUGUGAUGUUCUGCCUACCUUUCAGGGCCGACUACUACAGGCGUGGAAAAAACUGGCUCCACGGUGACGCCAUGUGUCGCAUCCUGCUCUUUCUGCUGGCAGCCAACCGAGCUGCAGGUAUCUUCUUCCUCACGGCCGUGGCUGUUGACCGUUACUUCAAGAUUGUCCACCCGCUGAACCGGAUCAACCGAAUGGGCCUGGGCUAUGCUCUCUGGGUCUCCCUCGGCCUCUGGGGUCUUAUUUUUCUUGCCACCGGUUAUCUCCUUGCUAAUCAGCACUUCUACUAUAAUAGCAACCGCACACAGUGUGAGAGCUUCAACAUCUGCAUGGGCAACAGUCCCCUCUCCACCUGGCACAACACUUUCUAUGUCGUCCAGUUUUUCCUGCCAGCUGCGAUCGUCGCUUUCUGCACAAUCAGAAUAACGUGGCAGCUGAGGAGCAGGACUGUGGACAAAAAGGGGAAAAUCAAACGGGCCGUUCAGUUUGUGUUGGCUGUGGCGUUGAUCUUUAUUACCUGUUUCUUCCCCAGCACUAUAUCACGCGUGGCUGUGUGGAUCCUCAAGGUAUGGUAUGAUGAAUGCAAGUACUUUGAGGAGGCCAACCUCGCCUUCUACACCACAGUGUGUUUCACCUAUUUCAACAGUGUCCUCAACCCGUUGGUGUAUUAUUUAUCUAGCCCUGCCUUCAGCGGCACCUUCAAGAAGCUCCUGAAUAAACUGCUGAGAAGAAAUGACGAUCAGACAGAUUUAACUGAGAAUGACCUUUCCACUGCUGAUGGUAGAAGAUUAUAAGCCAGGUGCUGUUGUGUUCCCUGCCAACAUUGCAGUUUAACAAACAAUGUUACAUGAAUGCAUAAUGCACACAACAUUUCUAAUAUCCUAGUUAAAAACUACAAUAAAAUGUAGAGAAGAGGUUUUGCUGUGAUCUGGAACAACAAAAUGACACACCUUAAAUAAUUAGCAGCUUACUGCUGUGUACUUUUAAAGGUUUAACCUAUAAACUCUUGUGAGUGUGGUUGCUGUGUUUGCGUAAUAUGCCAUUAAUGAGUUUUAAAAAUACUAGAAAUUGCAAGGUUACCUUGUAAAAUAUGCUCUGCAAACACUUGUAAAAUAAAAAUGUGAUGUGUGUAUUCACUUUUUCUGGGUAAGGUAGUUCAUAUAAUACUAUCUUUUGUAGUUGAUGGUCAGUCAAACUCACUGUGAACAAGAAAACUGAUUUUCUGCCCCCCAGAAAGAUAAUAGUUACAUUACAAAUCAGUUGAGAAAAGUUUUAUGGGAAGCCGUUUUAACAUUUUUUCUUUAAGACGUACUGGUCGAUGUAGGAAAGCUGCUAAUACUAUAUUAGUCACUAGUAACUAUUCCAUUAGUUACUAGUUUUACUAGAGUUUUGCCAUUGAUCAUCAAUCAAGCUUAGCAGUCCAGAUAUCUGUUCAUUAGUUACUAGUAACUAUUUUCAUUUUACUAGUAUCUAUUAUGUAGCUACUAGUGCUUUUUUAAGUUACUAGUAACUAUUCCUAUUAGUAAAAAUUUAAAUGUUACUAUCAACAAGCCAUUUUACCAAUCAUUAAUAAAUGACUUGUAACCCAAAAAUGUGCUAGUAUCUUUUGGAAUAGUUAAUAACAAAAAAAAAGUACUAGUAUCUAAUCGCUUGUUACUAGUAAUACAGGAAUAGUUACAGGUAACUUAUAAGUACUAGUAGGUUUUAAAUAGUGUCUAGUAAGUUGUAAGGAAUAAAUGUUAGAUAAUUUCAGAGCUGUCAGUGAACUGUUGGUCAACUCACAAACCAAACAUCCUCUGCAAAUUGUGAAGUUUUGUGUGAUACCUGAUUCAAGCAGGGCAGCGAACUCGCAGGUAAUUUCAACUAAUACUAUAAAAGCAAUGUAUUUUUCUUCCUAUUAUUUGUUUUUACUGUGGUCAUUCUGUGUGCAUAUAUUUGUGCACAAUUUAAUUUCCAGUGUCUGUAUCCUGUCAGAUUAUUGUGUUCAGUAAAUAAAUUAAACAUAGAGGAUAACCAACAGUA